AUUUGGAAACAAAUUAAGGAACCUUUAUUUCAUUUUAUUAGUUUAUAGGUUACUAUUUCUAAUUUUUUUAGUAAUUUACCACCUUUUAAAAAGGUGUAACGGUAUUUUUUGAAAUCCCAAUGGAACCUAAAGAAGUCGUCAUGAAAGAGCUAAACCAAAAUCUUGAAAUUCUGGAGAAAGGCUUAAUGUCAGAACUUAUAAAAAUAUCUGAACAUCGCAAGCGCAUCUUGAAAGGAGAAUUUGAAAAAUCUGAAAAAUUUCUCAAGCAACCUCAGUUGUUGAAGGAAACAGAUGUUAUAUCCUCUGCAGCCUUUCCUGUGAAACUUGAUUCCUCUGCUCAAGAAAAACUUGCGGAAAAGAGAAAUGUUGCAGACAAGUUAGAAGAUGAGCUUCGCAACUUACGCUCUUCUUUUGACGAUAAAAUGGAGAGUACGGAACGGAUAAAAAAAGAGCUACAUCGAAGAGAAGGUAUGCUCAUCAAAUCAGUACAGCAAAUAGAAGCAUUUCUGAGAGCUGUUUUCUAUUUAAAACAAGAUGCUGAAACUAUGUAUGAGAAGCUGGAAAACAUUGCUGCAAAUGCUGACAAGGAGCUUAUUGCUUUAGCAGAAGAAAAUGCAAAUUUAUCUAUGCGAAGAAAUGCUUUAGAGCAAUUACUGCGGAUUUUCAAACCCACGAAAGUUUGCCUGGAAGAGAUACUUUGCGAUUCAUCGGACUAUCAUAGUGUGAAACAACUGGUAAAUUAUUACCUUGUCCUUGAGAUCCUGCAACAAGAUCUCUUAAAUGAAGAUGAAAAAUGCCAAUUAGAAGAGACGUUGCUUAAGGAAGAAAGAGAAAAGCUUGUGGAGCUGAGUAAAAGCCAUCCAUUGGACAUAGCUGCUAAAGAAACCGAAAUUCAAAAGCUGCAAUCCGCUACUAAGAAUGUUCGAGAUCAAAUCCUGAAGCUGCAGCAACAGAUGGAGGCAGCUAAAAUAAGGGAAGAAGCCAAGAGGUUCGACACCGAAAGAUGGAUUUCUAAACUUUAUGAUACUGCUUGCCAGAUGAGACCCCCGAAACCCGAUGAAGAUAUCAGUAGCGUUUCAAGCCAGCUGGAUCGAAUUUACGAUUUCGUUUCCACUAGUUUUCAAGUGUUGGAGAGACUGAAGAUGGAAGAUUAAAAUUAUUAAGUCACGAUCCUCCUAAAAUGCUAAGCAGACUAAAACUUUCAAGGACAAUUUCUGAAGAAUAGGCAUUAUCCUUAAAGGCAAAUUUACUUUAGUUACAAAUGUUUAGUUUUUGUAAUUUUAAAAAUAUCUCAAAUUUAU